UAGGUCAGUGGCGAUAUCAUUUCAACUGAAUCCAAGGGCCAGUUUCUUUUAAACUUUCUAAGCAAUAAAUGCCAUGGCUGAAAAAUGAGCUCCUAGAAUCGACCAGCAGGUAGAGCUGUGUGACAACAUGAUUAUAUAAAUGCUGUGCUGACAUUUUAAUCACUUCCAUGGAAUUGGAAAGCAGCUCACUGUUAUUGAAAUACCCCCGAGCUGUGCCCUCUGAAUCACUUGCCGCCUUUGAGUUCUCUGUACAAGAUUAUUAAAAUACAGGAGAUCACAGCAUUCAAGAUAUGCGACACCAGAAGAUUCUGAGACUGUCAAUUCUGUUUUUGACAUAUUGGGAACUAUGUAAAGCAACUAAUUUAACCAUAGUUGACCCUCCAACCAACCUACAGAUACUAGACCCUGGAUACCUGGGUGAACUCCACAUUGAGUGGCAAGCUCCAGCUAGCUUGAGAAACAUCUCAAACUGUGUGCUGAGCUACCAGCUACAAUACUACAGCACUGAUGAAGGCAGAUGGAAGACUGUGAGAACUACACACUUAAAACACAGUGCCAGAUUUGACCUUGGGAAGGAAGCCAAAGUAAAAGUACAGAGCCUGCUGAAAGGUCAGUGUACAAAUGGUUCUGACCUGCAAAGCAUGUGGGCUGAAACAACAUUGCAGCCAUCACAGAAAGGGAUUCCAGAGUCCAGGCUUGAAAACCUCACCUGUGUUUUCUAUAAUUGGGAAUACAUGGAAUGUACCUGGCAGAGACCUCCAUAUUUUAACUACAACCUGUUCUACUGGCACUCAAAGCUGGACCAUGCAAUGGAAUGUGCUGACUAUAUCCAGUCCAGUGGGGUCAACAUUGGCUGCAAUUUUUCCAGUGCUGAUUUGGAGGAAUACACUGACUUUAACAUCUGUGUUAAUGGCUCUUCUGCAGCAGGACCUCUGAUUCCAGCAUACUUCACAUCUGAACUUCAAAAUCUAGUGAAACCAGCUGUUAUUAAUGAAAUAAAUGUAACAGAAGUGGGAAAUGAAAAACUGCAUUUGCAGUGGAAGCCCCCUGUGGGUAAUACCAAAUCCCAUUGCCUGGAGUACGAGGUUCAGUGCAGAGAAGAUGAAAACGAAUGGACGUCUAACUUCAAAAAUGGAACCACAUUUACCAGCUCCCGAUUAGACCCGAGGCACAGGCAUUGUUUCAGAGUAAGAAGCAAGCUAAAAGUGUACUGCGCUGAUAAUGAGCUGUGGAGCGACUGGACCGCAAACCUGUGCUUUACUGAGGAAUAUAGACUAUCUGAAGCAUCCAUGUUUGUAGCUCUGGGCACUUCUCUGAUUAUCUUGUUUGCUAUAGCACUUUCCGUAUGGAUCAGACAAAGAGGAUUAAAGAUCAAAGGACGAGAAGACGGAAUAUUGCUCUGAAAUAUGAACCUGCUACCUUUCUUCAUAUGUGUUCUCAAAUAUGUGCUGAGAGUUGUGGAUUUCAUUACUGCUUUAGUACCAAGCAGUGCCUUAACCUUUCACUCAAAAAAUGAAUGUUGCUUGUUUUUAUAUAAACUGAUGCACAAUGAAAAUGCAUCUGUCU